GAACUUUCUUCUUGUCAUUUCGUCUCCGUUUUUCUCGAUUUCGCGUGUAAUCUGGAAUACAUAUACCUAAUUGAUUACUUGAUACACUAUCGCUUCCCCUUGGCUUGUUCGGACAUCUAAAUUGCACCAUGUGGAGUGCCAAUUCGAAUUCCGUCUUUUCGCGAGGCACGGAAAGCGAAGGCCAAGCACCCACGAUCCCUCUUCACAAUGUCGGCCAAACCGACGAAAAUGCCCGUGAGCCCGUCGAGGGCUCGCACGUGGCAGAGGACUCUCCACAUGCUCUCGAAAAUGUAAACGAAGAGCACGAACCAGGCGCCGAGGGAACCUGGGGCGAGCGAGACGUUGGCGGUCCUGUGAACCAUGCCGCUGCCAUGGAAGACUACGAGCAUCUUCGAAGAGAGUUGAGCCGGAUUUCGACCACCAGAUCGCGCUCAUCCGUCCCGGAACGCAAGUCCAUGCUGAGAACCCUCACCGAACGGGGUGUCCAUAAGACUACCAGUCGUGCAAGCCACCCUACUAUCUCGUCGGCCGACGACGAAGAUGCGCAAUCCAUUGCCAAGGACUUGGAAGCUGGUGACACCGCCAAAGCCGUCGAAGAGGAGUUUGAACUGGGCCAAUUCAUGCGCGAGGGUCACUUCGAAAAGCGAACCGAGUCGGGAGAGUCGGCGAAGAAAGUCGGUGUGAUCUUCAAGAACUUGAACGUCAAGGGCGUGGGCUCUUCUACGAUGUUUGUCAAAACCCUUCCAGAGGCCGUCAUUGGCACCUUUGGCCCCGAUCUCUAUCGCCUUCUCUGCAAUUUCUUCCCCUUUCUACGAUUCGGCAAUAAACCCCCGACACGAGAUCUCAUUCAUGAUUUCUCGGGUGUCGUGCGAGAUGGCGAGAUGAUGCUCGUCCUGGGCAAGCCCGGUGCGGGAUGCUCAACCUUUCUCAAGGCCAUUGCCAAUCAUCGAGAGGGCUUCGCCGACGUGAGCGGCGAUGUUUCGUAUGGCGGCAUCUCCGCUGCCGAGCAAAGCAAGCACUUCCGUGGUGAAGUGAGCUACAAUCCCGAAGAUGACCAACACUUUCCGAAUCUGAGUGUAUAUCAAACUCUCAAAUUCGCACUUUUGAACAAGACGAAGAAGAACGACAAAGAUGGAAUGCCGGUGAUUAUUGAUGCCUUGCUGAAAAUGUUCGGCAUCAGUCACACCAAGCAGACUUUUGUCGGAAACGAAUACGUCCGUGGUGUUUCCGGUGGUGAGCGGAAACGUGUCUCCAUUGCUGAAACCCUCGCAACCAAAUCGUCUGUUGUCUGCUGGGACAAUUCGACCAGAGGAUUGGAUGCGAGCACUGCGCUCGACUAUGCCAACUCCCUUCGGAUCAUGACAGACAUUAGCAAUAGAACCACUCUCGUGACCCUGUACCAGGCGGGAGAGGGCAUCUAUGAGCUUAUGGACAAGGUCUUGGUUAUCGAUAGCGGCAAGAUGAUCUUCCAGGGUCCAGCCGGUGAAGCCAAGGCAUACUUUGAGGGCCUUGGCUUCUUAUGCCCAGAUCGACAAACCACGGCCGACUUUUUGACAUCCAUUUCGGACGCAAACGAGCGACGUUUCCGGGAAGGCUACGAAGCCCGAGCUCCCAAGACUCCAGAGGAAUUGGAAAAGGCUUUCCUUGACAGUCCUCAUUACCAGCGCGUUCUCCGAGACGUCGAGGAGUACGAGAAUGAACUCCACCAAUCUGAUCACGCCAACGCUCGGCAGUUCAAGCAGUCUGUCCACGAAAGCAAGAGUCGUACCGUUCGCAACAGCUCGAAUUACACUGUCAGCUUUCCUCGACAGAUUCUUGCGUGUACCAAGCGAGAGUUUUGGCUUAUUCUCGGCGACAAGACGACUCUCUACACCAAGGCUUUCAUCAUCAUCAGCAAUGCUCUCAUCGUCGGCUCCUUGUUCCACGGACAACCAGAAACCACUGCUGGUGCCUUUUCGCGAGGCGGCACGCUUUUCUUCUCGAUCCUCUUCCUCGGUUGGCUGCAGUUGACCGAGCUCAUGAGAGCCGUGUCCGGCAGAACGAUUAUUCAGCGACACAAGGAAUAUGCAUUCUAUCGGCCGUCUGCUGUCACAAUGGGACGAGUGCUUGCCGAUUUCCCUAUUUUGCUUCCACAGGUCAUCGUCUUCACAAUCGUUGUCUAUUUCAUUACCAAUCUUGACGUGGACGCGUCAAAGUUCUUCAUUUACUUUCUGUUCGUCUAUACGCAGACCAUCUGCAUCACCAGUCUUUAUCGAAUGUUUGCAUCGCUAUCUCCGACGAUUGACGAUGCCGUUCGGUUCGCCGGUAUUGCAUUGAACCUGCUCAUCAUCUAUACUGGUUACGCCAUCCCCAAGCCGCAACUGGUCCACAAGUACAUUUGGUUUGGCUGGCUGAACUAUCUCAAUCCUAUUUCAUACGCAUUCGAGUCAGUCCUGACGAACGAGUUUCAUCACCGUUACAUGGACUGCGACCCGAACAAUCUUGUCCCGCAAGGCCCGAAUGUCAAGCCAGAGUACCAGGGUUGUUCCUUGGGCACCGUCGGUUCGCCUCUUGGCUCAACUGGAAUGACUGGUGAAUACUAUUUGGCCACUGAAUUCUCAUACACCAGACAUCAUCUCUGGAGGAAUUUUGGUGUUCUCAUUGCAUGGACCGUUCUGUACAUUCUCAUCACAGGCCUCGCAUCAGAAGUCUUCUCUUUUGUUGGCGGUGGCGGUGGUGCCCUUGUGUUCAAGCGCUCCAAGAAAGCCAAGCAGGCUGUCAAGAGCAGUGGCGUUGAUGAAGAAAAGGCUGGCACCAUCGGCGAUUCAAGCCCCAGCACCAUGACCGAGACGGAUGAGACGACGAAGAAUCUCAAGGGAAUUUCCCAGAGCGAGAGCAUCUUCACCUGGCGCAAUGUCGAAUACACCGUGCCGUAUCCGGGCGGUGAGCGGAAACUUCUCAAUAACAUUGAGGGCUUCGCCAAACCUGGAGUCAUGGUUGCUCUGAUGGGCGCGUCCGGUGCUGGCAAAACAACACUGCUGAAUACCCUUGCUCAGAGGCAAAAGAUGGGAGUCGUUGGCGGCGAAAUGUUGGUAGACGGCACUGCGCUCGGGACCGAGUUCCAGCGUGGCACCGGCUUUUGCGAACAGAUGGACCUUCACGACGGAUCCGCAACUAUCCGAGAGGCUCUCGAGUUCUCCGCAAUCUUGCGACAGGAACGAACCGUGCCCACCGAAGAGAAACUUGCUUACGUGAACCAAAUCAUUGAUCUGUUGGAACUGAACGAUAUCCAACACGCCAUUGUCGGCAGCCUGGGUGUUGAGCAGCGCAAGCGGUUGACGAUCGGCGUUGAGCUGGCGGCCAAGCCAUCUCUUCUUCUCUUCUUGGACGAGCCCACCUCUGGUCUGGACUCACAGUCGGCCUACUCGAUUGUGCGGUUCUUGCGUAAAUUGGCAGACGCCGGCCAAGCUAUUCUCUGCACCAUUCACCAGCCCAGCUCUGUUCUCAUUCAGCAGUUUGAUAUGAUUCUGGCAUUGAAUCCCGGCGGAAACACAUUCUACUUUGGCCCCGUCGGCGAAAACGGUUCCGCUGUCAUUGACUACUUUGGCAAACGCGGCGUGCACUGCCCGCCCGCCAAGAACGUGGCAGAAUUCAUCCUCGAGACCGCCAUCAAGGGCGGCAAGCGCGCAGACGGCAAGAAACUCAACUGGAACAAGGAAUGGAAGGAGUCUGCCGAGCGCCGGGCCAUCUUGCAGGAGAUUGACCGCAUCAUCGACACACGCAGCAAGGUUCCCCGGCCCCCAGCUGGCGAGCAGCACGAGUUUGCCUCGCCCGUCUGGCUGCAGACGAAGAUGUUGACGCAGCGCCUCUUCCGACAGUACUGGCGGGAUCCGUCCUACCUGUACGCCAAGCUGUUCAUCUCCGUCAUCCUGGGCAUCUUCAACGGCUUCACUUUCUACAAGCUCGGCAAUUCCAUCCAGGACAUGCAGAACCGAAUGUUCACCUGCUUCUUGAUCAUCCUGUUCCCCCCCGUCAUCGUCAACGGCAUCGUGCCCAAAUUCUACAUCAACCGCGCCCUCUGGGAAGCCCGCGAACUGCCGUCGCGCAUCUACGGCUGGUUCGCCUUCUGCACCGCGCAGAUCGUCGGCGAGAUCCCCAUGGCCAUCAUCGGCUCCGUCAUCUACUGGCUGCUGUGGUACUUUCCGACCGGUUUGCCCCGGGACUCGUCUACCUCGGGCUACGUCUUCCUCAUGACCCUGCUAUUCUUCCUCUUCCAAGCCAGCUGGGGCCAGUGGAUCACUGCCUUUGCCCCGUCGUUUACCGUCAUCGCAAACGUGCUGCCCUUCUUCUUCGUCGUCUUCUCCCUCUUCAACGGCGUCGUGCAAAGCUACGCCCACAUGUCCGUCUUCUGGCGCUACUGGCUGUACUACCUCAACCCGUCCACCUACUGGAUCGGCGGCGUGCUUGCGGCCACCCUGAACGGGGCUCCAGUGCGCUGCACCGAUGCCGAGGCUGUCCACUUCAACCCUCCCCCCGGCCAAACCUGUCUCGAGUACGCAGGCGCCUUUAUCAACUCUCUUCAUUCGUCUUCGUCAGCGGGCUCGUCAGGAUACCUGUUGCCGAAUACCCUCAACGCGACAAGCAACUGUGGGUUCUGCCCUAUGAGCGUCGGCAACGAUUACCUCGGCACUAUCAACAUCAGCCACAAGGACAAGUGGGGCUAUUUCGGCAUCUUCCUGGGCUUCUGUGUGAGUAAUUGGUUCCUGGUGUAUUUUAUGAUCUACACUGUCCGGAUCCGCGGCUGGUCGUUUGGAUUGGGCACUGUGUUUGGGGUGCUGGGGAAGAUUGGCGGUGCCGUGGUUGGUGCGGUUAAGAAGGUCGUUGCGCCGAAGUCGAAGGCUACGGUGCAGGAGUAGAUUUUCCUUUUCUUUUUAUUUUCUCUUUUUUUUUUUUUUUUUUUUU